AUGCCGGAGGCGUACACCGUGUCGAAAAUGCUCGCCAGUAUCAACGAAGUCAUGGCUCCUGUAGCUACUGAUGUAUGCGGGUCUGUGACGUUACAGCGAAAGACGGAGAAUGGUAUCAUGCUGAACACGUCGGAGAAGGAGAUUGCAUACCUGGACACCAAAGCCAGAGUGAAGCACUCAGCCCAGCAAGUCGCUCAACUUGACAAACUGGCUAAGGCACGGUGGGUAGAAACUCAACGACAGGCUGGAAAUGACGCCUUCCACACUGGAAACUAUCAACAGGCAGCAGAGGCGUAUAUCCAGGCCCUUACGGCGCUGGAUUUUGGCUCUACUUUAGAGGAGAAGAUUUCUUGCCAACAGGAGCUACAGAUUCCACUGACCUGUAACUUGGCUGCCUGCAUGCUAAUGAUGGAGCAAUGGGAGAAGGCUCGGUUGAUGUGCGACCAAGUUCUUUCCAUAGACCCGAACUGCGUUAAAUCACUCCAGCAACGUGCGAAGGCGAAAGUGAAGCUUAAUAACUUUGACGAUGCUCGUGCCGACGUCUAUCGUGCAAAGCAAAUUGUUCGUGGACCGUCAACGUCGAUUGAUGGUGUCAGCGAUCAGCUUGUCGAUCGACUUGACAAACAGUUAGAGAACAUUUCCCGAGGUGAAUUAAAACACAAGCACCGAGUUCAGCACAGGAAGCAGUUUCAGAAGAAGAUGAUGCAGGAAGCAGUAGGAAAGCUCUAUAAGGACAAGAAGGAGGUCGAUUGUGCACAGGAUCUUAACAGCAUCCGGCAGCAGCACAAGUCCAACCUCACUUAUGCUCUGUCUUUCAACGGUUGGAACGCCGGUGUCGGCUGGGUUCUCACUGUGCUUGCCAUGAUCAUCAAUGCAAUUUCACGAUUUCUGAUUGCUGCGCGUGGCAAAGUCAAAAUGUCGUAA